UAGACCUUUGAAAAUAUUCAAUCUUAAAAGUUGGAUGUUUAUAAUUUUAACAAAAUCAUCAACAUGAUUUUCUAUGCAGUUUUAAUGAUGGUUUUAUAUUCAAAUAUUGUAUCCUCAACAGAUAUGGAAGAUCCAGAAGAUCACCACGAAAAAAUUGCUUAUGGCUUUCCGGUUCGCGAAUUGGAUCUAUAUCCUUAUUUUGUUUCUAUUCAAAAAGAAGAUCGCACAAAGCCAAGUGGAUACGCUCACCAUUGUGGUGGAUCAUUAAUAACAAGGAAAAUCGUGCUAACAGCAGCUCAUUGUCUUCACGAUCCUAUGCUUGUUCCCACUUAUCGCAUUUUACCCAACUAUCGAAAUUCGCCUUUUAUUCAGGACGGCGAUCUAACCUUCCUAAUUUCACAAUACGUUAUGCAUCCAAAUUACAAUGCCACAAGAAUUUACAUCGCUAAUGACAUUGCUGUUAUACUAAUGGACCAACCUGAUCCUCGGCAUGGGGCAACUAUUAGACUACCCACCUUUCAAAUUAUGGCUUAUUGUGAACCAGUUACAAUAAUUGGCUUUGGAUUAACUGAGGAUGGAGUGUUUCCAAAUGAAUUGCGAUCAGCGGUUGUAUACAGACUUACUGAUGAAAUAUGCCUUGGUCUCAACUUCGAUGGUAGUUACAUUCAAGGUUCGAAUCUUUGUACUGCUAAUGUCAUUAAAUCAGGUAUAUGUACGGCUGACUCAGGCGGACCCUUAAUUAGGACAGUAAAUAAUAUAAGUUAUGUGCAGGGUGUAGCUAUCUCUUCGUAUCAUCCUUGUGGUUCGGAUUAUAUUUCUAAUUUUGUUAAUGUUUUUGAGUAUUUGGCAUUCAUUAAUCAUGCUAUAUUGUUAUUGAAUCGUGAUGAAUUGAGAUCUAAUCAAAGUUCAACAUUCGAUGGACUCAAAUUGAUUAAAGUACGACCAAUGGAAUGACCGAAUUGAAUGAAUCUAUGUAUCAUUGGAACAUUGAAAAUUUUGGUUUGUUUUGGAGAUUAAAUUCAGAUUUUUAAAGUUGUU